GAUCAACGUCUACUUCAACGAAGCUACUGGCGGCCGCUAUGUGCCCCGCGCAGUCUUGAUGGAUCUUGAACCAGGCACCAUGGACAGUGUUCGAGCUGGACCUUUCGGCCAAUUGUUCCGUCCUGACAACUUUGUGUUCGGUCAGACUGGGGCAGGCAACAAUUGGGCCAAAGGACACUACACCGAAGGUGCCGAGUUGAUCGACAGCGUUCUGGACGUGGUGAGGAAAGAAGCUGAGGGCUGCGACUGUCUGCAAGGCUUCCAGCUCUGCCAUUCCCUUGGAGGAGGCACUGGAGCCGGCAUGGGCACGUUGCUGGUGUCAAAAGUGCGUGAGGAGUACCCUGACCGAAUCAUGGAGACGUUCUCGGUGAUCCCUAGUCCCAAAGUUUCCGACACAGUCGUGGAGCCGUACAAUGCUGUGCUAAGCUUUCACCAGCUCGUUGAGAACUCCGACGAGUCUUUCUUGCUGGACAAUGAGGCCCUCUACGACAUCUGCUUCCGAACUUUGAAGCUUACGACACCUACCUACGGUGACUUGAACCACCUGGUGUCUGCGGCCAUGAGCGGCGUCACGUGUUGCUUGCGCUUCCCCGGGCAGCUGAACUGCGACCUGCGCAAGAUCGCCGUGAACCUGGUGCCCUUCCCGCGGCUGCACUUCUUCAUGACGGGCUUCGCCCCUUUGACAUCCCGUGGCUCGCAGCAGUACCGGGCUCUGACAGUUCCGGAGCUGACGCA